UUUAGCACUUCCUCUGUGCCUUUUCUCCGUGUUAUAACCACAUGCUGAUGCUACUACCUUGCACUCAUCGGCAUUUCUCUGUGAUUCGCAGAACAGAGAAGCCGCAAACUCAACUUGACACCAUUGCCUACAUGAGUUAAACCUCCAUUUCCAGUGCCAGCUUUUUAACAGCUGCUUCACGGAGCCAACAAAGGAGCGUCUGUCGGAUUUGACCAGCCCCUGUGGAUGAGAAGGUGUGGACUAAUUUGGGAUUUUCCAAUCUUAUUAUAUGGAAUUGGUGAUUAACGGCUUACUAAAGUACUGUGGGCAGAGUUGUGUGUUUUUGAUUACACAUUGAGAGUGUGUGUGUAUCACUACGGCAUGCGGGAUGGGCCAAACGCGCUCUGCUCUCUCGCACAGCACCGCCACCACCACAGGCGGGGCGAAGUGGAAAUCAAGUGACACGCCUCAUCGACUCAGUAUCUCCAGAUUUAGGAGCAAAAGGAAGCCGCGGAGGGAGCAGCUGAGCAGGAAUCCAAUGAGAAACAAAGUGCUGUCCUGUCUGGGAAGGAGGAAGCGAUACCCCAGUCAGACCGAGGAGGAUUCAGGCCCCGGAACCGAGGCAGCCGACCCAGCAGCGCGCUGCGGACACAGAGCAGGGAAGUUGCCCCGAGACGAGGCUGCAUCGGAGAGAGGGGAGUGUCGAGCAGCCACGGGUUGUUUCGAGGCCUCGUCCGGCCUCGGUGGCCAUGUCGAAGCGGUCCAGCUCGCCGUGAACCGAGAGGCUACCUCUGCUGAUGCGCCAGGCUUGGAAACGCGGAGCGGUGAAACGAACCCCGGCGUGCGAGAAGACCAUGCCUCGGAACCCCCAGCCGGGGACAUGGAGCAUCAGCCAGUGGGGGAAAGCUACAAGAAUCGCUUUGUGUCUGGGUUCGGGACUGAUCUCAGUUUGAACCCCUUCCUCACCUCUGACCCGGACGCUGAACGGACUUCGACCUGCUCGCCCCCGGAUCAGCAUUUGUGCGGUGGGCUCUCGAUACUGGACGAUCGCAUGAAAGGAGAAAUGACUAAAACCGAAUCCUGCGCCGGGAAUCAGAACAAUGGCUGUCUGGACGGACCCGAGAGCGUAGAACACCCGGAGCAGACCAGCCAAAGCCCCCCGAGGCAAAGUUUUCCUGGAACGAUACCGAAACUGAUCAUAACCAGAGACACCAGCCCCAUCCGCUGCCAGGGCACCACGGCCCUUCCGACCGAGCAGACGUCCUGUUUGGAUCUCCAGGCGGAAGACGAGUCCCCCUGCUCGGACAGCGGCUGCGGCGGCUCCCCUACCCUGAUGCGGACCCCCAGGAAGCUGUCCACCUCCUCCUCCAUAGGCCUGUCCUCAGCCUCCUCCUUUGAGGAGUCCGAGGACGACUUCACCGGCAGCGACAUCGAGUCCAGCCUGUCCCCGACCCGGUCUCUGUGCAGCGCAGGAGACAGCUCAGGGAGUAAAUCCUGGAGCAAGUUGAAGAGCAUGGUUCACUUUUCUCCUUUAGCCUUUACGCUAAAGCCCCGUCACUCGUGGGUGCAGCUAGCUGGCCACACAGGCAGCUUCACGGCCGGAGACGGCGGCCGUCUGCUGAAGCGCUACUGCGAGUGUGAGCAGCGGUGUCUGGAGAAGCUCAUGAAGGACGUUCUGCGUCCCUACGUCCCCGGGUAUUAUGGUGUGCUGCACAAGGACGAGCAGGACUUCAACAUCAUGGACGACCUGCUGACGGACUUCGACAUGCCUUCCAUCAUGGACUGUAAGAUGGGCAGCAGGACCUGCUUGGAGGAGGAGCUGAUAAAAGCGAAGGAGUGCCAACGUCUGCGUAGAGACAUGUACGAGAAGAUGAUCUCCGUGGACCCCGCGGCCCCCACCGAAGAGGAGCGCGCUCAGCAGGGCGUCCUGAAGCCUCGCUACAUGAGGUGGAGGGAGACGCUGAGCUCCACCGCCACGCUCGGCUUCCGCAUCGAGGGCAUUAAGAAGGCUGACGGAUCGUGCAACACCGGCUUCAAGAAGACGAAGCACAGAGAGCAGGUGGUGAAGGCCUUCGAGGACUUUGUUGACGGCAACGUUCAGAUCCUGAAAAGUUACCUGACGCGUCUGGAAGAGCUGCGCUCCGUUCUUGAGAAGUCAGACUUCUUCAGGACCCAUGAGGUCGUGGGCAGCUCUCUUCUGUUUGUGCACGACGCAUCCGGAAAGGCCAGCGUCUGGAUGAUCGACUUCGGCAAGACGGUUCCCCUGCCGCCCCCCAUGACGUUGGACCACAGGACGCCCUGGGUGGAGGGCAACAGGGAGGACGGCUACCUGUGGGGGAUGGACAACCUCAUCGACAUUUUCGGCAGCAUGCUGCCUCGGACUGCUUGCGAUGGAGAUCAAAACUCGGAGGAGGCGUGACGCGACUGGGCGCCGUUGAAAUCUUUGUGCGCCAUCAUCAAAGUGUCUUAAUCCACUCGGGAUAAGAGGAAACGUCAGGAGGACGAAGUGGAACAUGCCUAAAAGACUGUUGAUAUGCAUUAUUAAGAGCUUCUGAGCAGAAGAUUGUGAAACGUACAAGACUAAAUAUCUAAAUAUUCUCACUUUGACUUAUUAUCUGAGAAUUCAAUGCUACAAACUAAUUAAAACUUUGAUCCACCCCCCUCCACUCCCCAAGACACACUAGUGCUCAUCCCCUCCUCAGCAGCCCCCUCUGCUGGAUGUUGUUGCACACAGCAAAUUGUCCUGCAUCCAUGAACUUGACUCUGCAGAACCCAAAGUACUCUGUGUUGGCAAGAUCUUUGUUUGUUUUUUUUAUUGAUGGACCACUUUUUAUGUUUAAGCACACAGCAACACUAAAACACUGGUGAGACCAAGUGUUAACUAACUCAGUACGUAAAUAGCUUAAUUUAAUCUUUUUCUUUUUGGGCCUUGGGAUAACCUUCUUAAUAUUUGUUAAGUUCCUGUGCCUAACACCUUUUUUUUUUCUUUUUUUUUAAUAAUUGAUCAUUCCAGUGCAAAGGACUCCCUCCAUAGAGUUCACCCAAGUAUAAAGUGACUUGUAUCUAAUCUUAAAAGUUUUGCCUUUUUUAGAAACGGUUUUAUCCAGUAGUUUUUGUAUGACACAAUGCAGUGACUUUCUUUCUUUUUCUUUUAUUCUUAAUGUACGGUAAGCAGCUUGGCCAAGCUGCUCCUCUUUGGAAAUUGUUGCACUGUGGAUUCUCAAAAAGCCAUCGAACAAAACAA